CGUUGCUAUGAUAAUAAAAACGCUGUGAAGAUGUAUGUGCUGUCAGUGCUUUCUGCAAUUUAACGAAAUUUAUAGGUGAGCAGACGGCCGUACAGAGUUGUGCCUGGCAGCUAGGAUCAUGGGUUUACACUCUGCACAGAAGAAAUACUUCCCCCUGAAGGGGAUAGAGGGUGUGGUUCAGCUCUUCGAGGCCGAGCUCCACAAGUCAGAGCCAGACCUAGCUCUUCUGUCUUUGGUACUAGGCUUUGUGGAGCACUUCCUGGCUGUGAACCGGGUCAUCCCCAUAAAUGUUCCAGGAGUUUGCUUUGAACCUCUGGAGCCAGAAUGUCCCAGCUCUUGUUUUCCCACAGUGGAGCUGGGCAUGAUUUCUGCACUGUACGAACGCUUCACUGCCCAGAUCCGCGGGGCGGUGGACCUGUCCCAGUAUCGGAGGACUGCUACAGGGUCCAGCAGAGAACUUGUGAAGAAAGUCUCAGAUGUAAUUUGGAACAGCCUCAGUCGCUCUUACUUUAAGGACCGGGCUCACAUCCAGUCCCUCUUCAGCCUCAUCACAGGCACCAAACUGGACAGCUCUGGGGUGGCCUUUGCAGUGGUGGCAGCCUGUCAGGUGUUGGGUCUGAAAGAUGUUCACCUAGCGUUGUCAGAGGACCAUGCUUGGGUGAUAUUCAGCAAGAACGGUGAGGAGACUGCGGAGGUCACGUGGCACGGGAAGGGCAAUGAGGACCGCAGGGGUCAAACGGUCACUGCUGGGGUCAACGAGAAGAGCUGGCUGUACCUGAAGGGCUCCUACAUGAGGUGUGACAGAAACAUGGAGGUGGCCUUCAUGGUCUGUGCCAUCAACCCUUCUCUGGAUUUGCAUACUGACAGCUCGGAGCUCCUGCAGCUGCAGCAGAAACUCCUUUGGUUGCUGUACGAACGAGGAGACCUGGACAGAUAUCCCAUGGCAAUGGGUACCUUAGCAGACCUCGAGGAUCAAGAGCCAUUACCAGGAAAGGAGAGUCCCCUGGAAAUCCAUCUCAAGGCUGUGACGUCUGCUCAGACGCACUACAACAACGAGCACAUUUACCCCUACAUGUAUCUGGCUGGCUUCCACUACAGGCACAGGAACGUGCAGGAGGCUCUGAAGGCCUGGGCCGAGGCCGCGCAGGUCAUGCAGGACUACAACUAUUUCCGAGAGGAUGAGGAGAUCUACAAGGAGUUCUUCGACAUUGCAAACGAUGUGAUCCCCACCCUGCUGAAAGAAACAGCUGCUGCCGAGAGCCCCGGGGAGGAAGAGGAGGGUGGAGAGGGGGCUGACAAGGAGCACGCCAAGCAGGGAGCGGCUCUCUCUGCACUACACGACCCAGAAUGCUUUGCCCACCUGCUCCGUUUCUACGACGGCAUCUGCAAGUGGGAGGAGGGGAGUCCCACUCCAGUCCUUCAUGUUGGCUGGGCCACCUACCUGGUCCAGUCUCUCAGCCGCUUCGACGCCCAGGUGCGGCAGAAAGUGUCCAUCAUCAGCAAAGAGCCCGAGUGCCAGGACGACGACGACCAGUCGAGCGAGGACCCCCGUGAGGGCCGCAGGCGGGGCCCGAGGAGGGAGUCCAAGCUGGACGAGCAGAGCUCUCCCUCUCCUGCUGCUCCCUCCUCCCCCUCCACCCAGCUGCCGCCGGCUGCUCAGCCCAAGAAGGUGGGAGACGGAGCCAUCCGGCGGCGCUCCUCUCAGGGCCUGCGGGCCGCAGACUCUGAAGGAACACCCAAGUCCCCCAGCCCAGACUCUGUCUCGUCCCCCUCCUCGCAGCAGCAGGCGUCCCCCUGCCCGGCUGGGCCCGUGGUGGCCUUUCAGAGCGAGAAGAUGAAAGGCAUGAAGGAGCUGCUGUGUGCAGCCAAGGUGAACUCCAGCGCCAUCAAGCUGCAGCUCACCGCUCAGUCCCAGGUCCAGAUGAAGAGGCAGAAAAGCACGCCGGCCGGGGACUACUCCAUGUCCUUCAUGAAGCGCCAGCGCAAGUCCCUGUAGACCUGCUGAUCACUGGGAGGAGACUGGAAGACAUACUGUGAAGACCAGCACUCGCUUUUGUUCAUUUCACUGGUGUUUCCAGCCCGAGGACACGCUCGGUCCACGUCCUCUGUCCUGAGCAAUGCUUGGAGCUGGACAGAGGACAUGAAGUCCAGCACCACGUGUCCCACCAGGACUACUGAACAUGUGAUUGUUUUUAACUUAAGUAGAUUGUAAACACCUUUAGUUUGUUCUAACUGAUGUAAAGUCCAGGUACAACUUUCACAGAAUGAUCUGAUUAGACCCCAGAAGAACUCGGUCGUGACUGAACAUUUGGAAGUGAUUACUUUAGGAUAGUUACUGUGUAACAUUGUCCGCUCUGCUCUAAUGACAGCUUCCAUCUUGUUAGCUCUGUGUUGCCUUACUUUGUCUCUUGUUGUCUAAAGUAGGUGAAGCUUUAGUUUUUAGAUGAAACCAGAAGACCAGACACUGUUCAGAUGGAGCCAUAUUGGGCUGUCCUGUUUUAUGACUUUGUUUGUUUUGUUUAGUUUUUGAAUUUGCAAGAAAUA